AGCGCGGCGCUAGUAAUCGAACACGCUAUUGGCUUGAAGGAGGAGAGAAAAGUUUGCAACCCGUUGCACGUGGUGGUCCAUUUUCGUCAAAUUUUCGUUUUAUUUCGAAAAAAUCUCCAAAAUUACGUGACUAGGUCACAGGCACAGGCGUUUCAGUGGGUAAAUGAUUGAAGGAUAGACGAUAGUGUCAUGAAUAGCAUCAGAACUCUUAGUCUUAUAUCAGGGUUUUCACCCUGUUUGAGGAGAUCUCUUCAGACUUCUGUUCAGCCUAUUAUUAGACAGACAAGAAUACUUGGGUCCUUAAACUGUCCUGGUCCGCAUCGAUGUGUCGUAAACUCCUCUGUUUGCUUUUAUUCUUCUGAUUCGAACUCCAUGUUUGGCACUCCUGUCAUAAAGCCAAUUCAAAAUGGUAGCGAGAAACAUUAUGCGCACUCUGUCCUUGAAACUUUAGAUGGCUAUAAGAGCAGAAUAAUCAGUGGCCACGAUAAUAUAGAAGCAAAUGAAGUGGUUCACUCUACCUUGGAUAAAAUUCAUUCGGAGGAGUUCGACAGUUCUGACCCUGAUCGUAUUUUAGGUGUCCUGAAUGAAUUGUCUUCACUCUCCGACCAGGCGAAAAAUGCAUUGUAUCAGUCCACACUGUUUUGGGAGUUUUGUGAUAUCCUGACUAAUACUUUGUCACAAUGCACUAGUGAUUGCCUUAUGAGUUUCAUGGAACUGAUAGCUCAGCUUGGAUACUGGGAAAAAAUCCCUACCCAGUUUAAAGAACAAUGUGGGAAACUUCUUUCAGAAAUAAGGAAGGAAUGUGCUGAAAAAGCUGAAAAUUGGUCAAAAGGUCAACUGCUCUUCAUCAUGAACUUCUUUUGCAUUUUCAACACCAAGGUUGUACCAGGUGAAAUUUAUUCAAGACUUGAAUCAGAAGUGGUGAACAUGACUAAAGAAGAUGUCAUACAGUUGUUGUACUUUUUGAGUUUGUUCAAGAGCUCUGAUCCAGGACUUCUUCAGGAACUAGAAGACAAACUUGAGAGGAUAUACCGCGAUUUCACCGAUGACGAAUUGGCUGUGGCCUGCCUUGGGUUCUUCAGAUCACAGCACUUGAUAAGGUCGGAGCAGAUUAUUGGCGAAAUGUUGGACAGGCUUGAAACAAAUAGUCCUACCAUGCAUGAAAUGGGCAUUGUAUCAUUAAUGAAAUGCGUUAACUAUUCUUUAAGCAGAGAUGUUGGUUUGCAGGAUGGCCUUAGGACAAGCUUUAGAAACAUAAUGAAAAACCUCUACCCGCGCCUUGAGGAAUUUGAUAAUAGCACUUGCAUGAACUUGUUUCGUCUGUGUCACAGUCUGAGGAUGAUGGACCAUAACUUAAUUGAUGCUAUGUGUCAGCGUGCUAUCAAAACAGGACUAGGUCAGUGGCGACUGAAGGAUAUCUCAUUUUUCCUCUUCCGUUGUGCCUCUUUCCAAGCAAUGUUGGCAGAAAAAGACUGGUUCUAUGCAAUAUUUGUGAAGGAGUUGGAGAGCAGUGAUCGGAGAGCUGAAUUCAUGCAUUUCCCUCGAUGUCUUCUUCAAGCGCUGACUGGACUGGCGUAUGUUGAAAUCUACCCAUAUGACUUGAUCAACGAGUGUCUCAGCCCAUCGUACAGAAAGCUAUUACUUGAGAAGUCUAACGUGGAUCCUCUUCGUGAGCUCAUUGUCCUUGAUCAGGCCAUGGAGAUUGAAUGCCCAGAUUAUUCAGGUUGUCGACUUCCCUCAGAUACGAUAAACAAAGUCCAAAAUGAUCCUCAUUUCAAGAAGAAUACCCGGCUUCCCCAUGAGAAGAGACGCCUGAGUCAUCGUGAUCAGAUGUUACUGGAUAUCCAGGCACAGUUGGAGAUGUUGUUUGGCGGUGACCCUGUGGCAGAGUUAGCGUUUGUCUUGCCUCAUUUUCAGACUGCUGAUAUUCUAAUGGAGGUGGAUGAAGAUAAGAAGAUAUGUCAGUUGUCAGAAUGGGUUGACAGGGAGCAGGCGAGGAAGGGACACAAAAGAUUGGUUUUGAUCUGUGCUUCACCAAAUGUUUACCACAUCUACCAGACAGACUAUGGUCACUCCAGGAAGAUUUCAGGCAUACAUGUGAUGAAGAGAAGGCAGCUGCAGAAGCUGGGGUACACUGUGAUUGAGGUCCCAUAUUUUGAGUGGCAUAAAUCAAACCGAGAGUUUUACCUGAAGAAGUUGUUAAGCACUCAUGUUGCAUUGGAGUAGGAAGGAAUAUGGUGGAAAUAACAUUCUGUAUUAACCAGUGUCUGCCAGUGUAUCCUUCUAGCCUUGGGGCUAAAAACCAAGGUACAUGUCAUAGCAACUAGAUUGGAGUUUAAAAUUGUGUAAAAUUGGCCAAUCAUGCAUGUACACAGCCGGUAUGGUCCAUCAGGUAAAGCAGUUGUUUGCUGUGAUCAGCAGAACCAGUGUAGUAUGGAGCUUAGUUAUUUUCUCUUGCAUUGAAUGUCCAAAUGAAAUAUGGUGGCCAAAAAUUGAAUUUGAAUGGGUUUUUAGAAAUAAAUAGUACAUGUACAUGUACUCCUCACAGCACUCUUUUGUUUGUCUUCCUGUUUUACGACUAGUUGGCGAGAUCAGUGAUCUACAAAUUGAUACAUUGAGUGGUGACAUGUGUAUUGAGAAAGACUGAAGAGCAUUUCUAUCAAAUGUGGGAUUCAAGUGUUGUCAUUUAUUACAUGUACAUGUUCAGAUGGGUUGGUUUGAAUAUUCAUGAUCAUGAAGCGUGCAAAUACCUUAAGUAUUUGCACUGCGGGAAUACCAUAUAGCAUCAGAACAAGGCGGAAAGUAUGAAGACGCAUCAUUAGGUAUUCCUAGGGUAUUCGCACAGAACCGGGUUUUCAGUCGAACAUGUCACCGAAGUUUAGGUCAUCAACUACAAUGUAUAAAGAAACACUGAAUCAUUCCUGGUGAUCAUUCAAAAACAAUAAAUUUCCUUAGUGGCUGCGGUAACUGGAUUUCCUCCGACCAAAUGUUGCAAAUUAACGGAUACCUGACGACACGUCUGAACUGAAGGCGACACUGGUUCUGGAGAGAGAGUCCAUUCGUUAACCAGUCCGCCAGCCAGCCUCCCAAUUCGAGCUGGGUUUGAUCGUUGUCUUCGGUGUCCUUGUAGUAGCUCAGGAUGGUUCGCACCUCUGGCUUCAUGCCGCACAGUAUCGCAAUCUUAACAGCACUAACGAAAUGCUCCAGUUGCUCUUGAUUUGAAAACACUUCGCGCAGUCUUUCAGGCGUCAUUUGCAUGAAUCGCUUGAUAAUUCUGCUGAGGGCUGAAAGGGCGCCCUUGCAUUUCUCAUAUCUGAAAGCACCACACUUCAGCAACUGACUUGUAAUACCGAAAAUGUCGGUUAGAUAGACCAUUUGAUCUUUCUCAUUGGCCUCGGCGUACAUGAGACUUUCAAUGUCCAGCAAUGUUCUCUCUAACGGCGUUGUAUAGAAUGAAUGGUGGUCUGCACCAAACUCCUUCAACAACUUCAUGAUAUAUGGGCUGAUUGUCCUCCGAUCAUGCCGAUGGCCCAAGGACUGAAAAUGCAAAUCUGGCCAUUGGAUACUUGCACUCUCCACAUGGAAGUCUCUCCGAUGAAUCAGUAGUUUAUUCACCUCUGUUGGACUAUGCCCUAUCAGGAUAUUCACCAGCAGGUGCUCGCAUAGUUCACAUGCGCAAUUUCGCUUGGGACUAACAAGUACUAGUUUGUAUUCUUCAUGACCAUUCAUUCUUGUUUUCUUACCAGAUUGUCUAUCAGAAUUGCAUUUUAAAAGCGAGAACUCCUGAUCGCCGCCUCUUCCUUAACUGUCCCGUCUGUUUUCUGGACGAUGCCUCUGUAAGAGUCUCUCAC